AAAGGUUUUGAAGAAAAUGUCUGCUGUGGGUUUGGAGCGAGUCCGUGUGGGGUUCAGUGUUCCGGGCGAAACGAGUCCAGAAUAGAAGUCCAGAAUUAACCGGGUCUUUAUGUCAGUGCUAUAAAUCGGUACUUCCGGGAGAACGCGCCCGGUGUCUCAGGAACCCAUCCGGACGGAACCAAACAGCUCGAUAAUGAACCGCAAGAAGGACAAAGGAUUCGAGAGUCCGCGACCGUAUAAACUAACCCACCAGGUGGUGUGUAUCAACAACAUCAACUUCCAGCGGAAGUCCGUCAUUGGCUACGUGGAGCUGACCAUCUUCCCCAACGUGGUGAACCUGAAUCGCAUCAAGCUAAACAGCAAGCAGUGCCGCAUUUACAGGGUGCGAGUGAACGAGUUGGAAGCUCCCUUCAGUUACAACGACCCCACGCUGGAGGUCUGCCACCACGAGUCCAAGCAGCGGAACCUGAACUAUUUCUCCAGCGCCUAUGCUGCAGCGGUGAGCGCUGUGGAUCCGGACGCAGGAAAUGGAGAGCUGUGUAUUAAAGUUCCUGCUGAGCUGUGGAAGCAGGGGGACGAGAUGAAGGUGCUGAAGGUGUAUAUCGAGUUCUCGCUGGACCAGCCGAAGGGAGGGCUGCACUUCGUCGUACCGGACAUGGAGGGCAGCAUGGCCGAGAAAGGAGCGCACGUGUUCUCCUGCGGAUACCAGAAUUCCACACGGUUCUGGUUCCCCUGCGUGGACUCGUACUCGGAGCUGUGCACCUGGAAGCUGGAGUUCACAGUGGACGCCUCCAUGGUGGCGGUGUCCUGCGGCGACCUCAUGGAGACCAUCUACACCCACGACAUGCGCAAAAAGACGUUCCACUACGUGCUGCCGAUCCCGACCGCCGCCCCAAACAUCUCGCUGGCAGUGGGGCCGUUCGAGAUCCUCGUAGACCCCUACAUGCACGAGGUGACUCAUUUCUGCCUGCCUCAGCUGUUGCCGCUCCUCAAACACACCAUGUCUUAUCUACACGAGGUGUUCGAGUUCUACGAGGAAAUCCUGACCUGCCGCUACCCGUACUCCUGCUUCAAGACGGUGUUCGUGGACGAGGCCUACGUGCAGGUCUCCUCCUUCGCCUCCAUGAGCAUUUUUAGUACUAACCUGCUGCACAGCGGAAUGAUUAUCGACCAGACUCCGGUGACGCGCCGCUGUCUGGCACAGGGCCUCGCACAACAGUUCUUCGGCUGCUUCAUCUCACGCAUGUCAUGGUCUGACGAAUGGGUGUUGAAAGGCAUCUCCGGGUACAUCUACGGCCUCUACCUGAAAAAAACCUUCGGAGUCAACGAGUAUCGCCACUGGAUCAGAGAGGAGCUGGACAGGAUCGUGGAGUACGAGCUGAAAACCGGAGGCGUCCUCCUGCACCCCGCGUUCGCCACCGGAAAAGAAAAAGACAGCCCGACUUCGCACCUGCAUUUCUCCAUCAAGCACGCUCACACGCUUUGCUGGGACUACUACAAAAUGUUCCAGUGCAAGGCGCACCUGGUCAUGAGGCUGAUCGAGAACCGGAUCAGUAUGGAGUUCAUGCUGCAGGUGUUCAACAAGUUGCUGAGCCUGGCCAGCACGGCUUCAUCUCAGAAGUACCAGUCGCACAUGUGGAGCCAGAUGCUCCUGUCCACCUCAGGGUUCCUCAAGUCUAUUUCCAACGUGUCGGGGAAGGACAUUGCACCUUUGAUCAAGCAGUGGGUAGAUCAGAGUGGGGUGGUGAAGUUCUUUGGGACCUUUGCCUUCAACAGGAAAAGGAACGUUCUGGAGCUGGAGAUCCGCCAGGAUUACAUGUCCUCGGGCACGCAGAAAUACGUGGGACCCAUCAAGGUGACUGUUCAAGAGCUGGAUGGAUCCUUCAACCACAUGCUGCAGAUCGAGGAGAACAGCCUGAAGCAUGACAUUCCCUGUCAUUCCAAAAGCAGGAGGAACAAGAAGAAGAAAAUCCCACUGAUGAACGGUGAAGAGGUUGACAUGGACCUGUCAGCGAUGGAUGCCGACUCGCCCCUGCUGUGGAUCCGGAUCGACCCGGACAUGUCGGUGCUCCGGAAGGUGGACCUGGCGCAGGCCGACUUCAUGUGGCAGUACCAGCUGCGCUACGAGCGAGACGUGGUGGCGCAGGAGGAGGCGAUCGUGGCGCUGGAGAAAUUCCCCACGGCGGCGUCUCGCCUCGCCCUCACCGACAUCCUGGAGCACGAGCAGUGCUUCUACAAAGUGCGCAUGCAGGCCUGCUUCUGCCUGGCCAAGAUCGCCAACUCCAUGGUGAGCACAUGGCAAGGUCCUCCAGCCAUGAAGUCCCUCUUCACACGCAUGUUCUGCUGCAAGAGUUGCCCCAACAUCGUCAAGACCAACAACUUCCUUAACUUCCAGAGCUACUUCCUGCAAAAGACCAUGCCAGUGGCGAUGGCGUUGCUCCGAGACGUGCAGAACCUCUGUCCCAAAGAGGUGCUGAACUUCAUCCUGGACCUCAUCAAGUACAACGAUAACGCGAAGAACAAGUUUUCAGAUAAUUACUACCGCGCCGACCUGAUCAAAGCCCUGACGAACUCCUUAACGCCGGCCAUCAGCAUCAGUAACGAGGUGCGGACGGUGGACAGCCUGAACGCCGACGUCAAACUCAUCCUGGAGGAAGUGACCCGCUACCUCAACAUGGAGAAGCUGCUGCCGAGCUACAGAAACACCAUCACCGUCAGGUGCCUGAGGGCCAUCAGGAUGCUGCAGAAGAACGGCCACAUACCCAGCGACCCGACUCUGUUCAAAACCUAUUCGGAAUACGGUCAUUUCGUGGACGUGCGGGUCGCCGCGCUCGAGGCCGUGGUCGACUACACCAGAGUCGACAGGAGCGCUGAGGAGUUCCAAUGGCUCCUAGACAUGGUCCAGAACGAUCCUGUGCCUUACAUGAGACAUAAGAUUCUUAGCAUGUUGUCCAAGAAUCCACCAUUCACCAAAGCUGCGGAGUCUCCUCUGUGCACCGAGGCUCUCGUGGACCAGCUGUGGAAGCUCAUGAACUCUGGUACCUCCCAUGACUGGCGUUUGCGCUGUGACGCUGUGAACCUCUACAACACUCUGUUCGGUCUGACCAGACCCUCGUGUCUGCCUCUGCCAGAACUCGGCCUCGUCCUCAAUCUGAAGGAGAAGAAGGCCGUCCUGAACCCCACCAUCAAAUCGGAUCAGGAGGGUCCCGAGCUCCUGCCCGAGAUGGUCUUCACCAGCAGCGUGAAGGAGGAGCAUGUGGUGAUGGAGCCCGUUCUGGGUGGUCUCGCCCUCACUCCGCUGGGCCUGAAGAGGAAAGCAGAGACGCCUUUGGCUUCACCCCCCGAACCUGGGCAGGUGCUUCAGGACGAGCCAAUGGCAAAAAUAGCUCCCAAAAGCCGAGUGAGUUACUGCGGAAUAAAGCCGUUUCCCAUACCAGAGGAUGAGGAUAUUGACAUGGACACGGUUCAUGACAGUCGAGCAUUUAUAUACCAUCACCUGAGCAUGCUGGAUAGACCAUCAACACCAGGUCGCGAACCCCCCGUGGUGGAACAGGCCGUUAUUCCCAUUCCGGCCACGCCGCUGCUUCCAACCUUCGCCAAGGAGGGCGCGUCUUCCUCUUUGUCGUCCAAGCACCACCACCAUCACCACCACCACCACCACGAGCACAAGAAGAAGAAGAAGAAGCACAAACACAAGCACAAGCACAAACACAAGCACGAGAGCAAGGACCGGGAGAAGGAGCGCGACCUCCACAGCUUCGCUAACAGCCCCGCCAGCGGCCGCUCGCCCUCGGCCUCCGACUGACCCCCAGCUCCACCCGAACAAGCUUUUCUUCCUGAUCAGUAGGAGAAACUCCACCUGGACAUUUCACCUCGAAGUGAAGUCUUUUUGGGACCUGCAUGUGGGAGAAAAACAUUUCCAUAAACCCGGAGCUUCAGUGUGACUCGCGUCGCUGUCGUACGCCAGAUGUUUCUCCCAGACCCUACACGAGUUGCGAUGUUUAGCAGUUGUGCACAUCUGUGUAGCGAAGAGCGUUCCUGUUUUAGUUUUUAACCCCAGACGUUUACAUUUCUCUAUUUCUUUAAAGUGUUUAAAUAUCAAUUGAUGUGACGACUUUUUUUUUUUGAAUCCCAAAACUGUACAAACCUGAACACCCUUUUUAUUAAAGCGUCUCGAAGUUGCAUGGCUCGUUCACAUGACCCAUCAGACGUGACCCAUCAGACGUGUCCAUCAGACGUGACCCAUCAGACGGGGGUGUAACAUUUCUGUUACUGAAUAUUUGUAAAUGAAAUAAAUGAUCUUAUACUUUUUGUAGAA